AAAAACAAAUCAAACGCGAAAUGCUGCAAAUUUUGUAAAUAGCAUAGGAAAACAUCGUAUUUUUAAGUGAAAAGCGAAUUUAUAGUGCAAUAAUGUUUCUGCCCGAAACAGCCACCUUCUGUAUCACCCUGUUGGUCUAUGGAGCAAUUCUCCUACUCCUUAUUUACUAUGUCCUCACACUGGCGGAUCUGGAGUGCGACUAUCUUAAUGCCCAGGAGUGCUGCCGACGCCUCAACUUCUGGGUAAUACCCAAGUUCGGAUCCCACGCCCUGCUCUGCGUGCUUCUGUUACUCGGAGGCCACUGGGUGAUGUUUCUCCUUAACCUGCCUAUGGUGAUUUGGCUUUUCUACGAGCUGCAUCGCCAGCGGCGCGAUAGUCUGGGUGUCUACGAUCCGGUGGACAUACACAGUCGGGGAUUGCUAAAGGUCCAUCUGAGAAAUUGUAUGAUUUAUCUGGGCUACUACUUCGUUAUGUUCUUCGUGGGGUUGUACUGCCUUAUUUCGUCACUAAUCAAGGGAGAUCCCAUCAAGCGGUAUGAGGACGACGAAAUAGUAACGGAUUUCUGAAGUUUAGCCAAAUAAGCCUGCACCAAAGGGCUUCCAGCAAAUUUCUUCAUCCUAGACCGAACUACCAAGCCUGGUUAUAGUUGCAAUCUAAAAUUCUGUAACUAAAACUUAGGCGUACAUCUAACAAACAAGUUUCCUCGAACACUUUCGCAGAAUUUGAUAAGAGCAUUUGCCUGAUUCUCACAACCUAAACCGAAAAUUGAUUGAAAAUUUUCCUUAGACUAGUUAAUUUAUUAUUUUAUUUUUAAAUCUUUAAAAAAGACUGUAACACCGCAGUGUGCUCAAUUGCGUUAACAGGAUAGACG